AAGCAUCAACUUCAACCCAAUAGUGCCCAUUCACAGAUGCUCCCAGGCAGCUUCAGGGUUGCAUUGUCCCAUGCACAGCAUUUUAUUAACCAUCCUGGUUAAUUUUGUUAAAUCCUCACCCUGGCCAUGGAGUGAAGAGCUGAGAUGGUGAGGGGCGGUGGAGCAGAAGGGAAUGGGCUGUGUCCCCCCACCCAGCCCAGGGGUGGUGUGACCAGGGCUCCCAGUGCUGCUGCUGCAGCCCUCGCUCCUUGCCCAGCAUUUGGCUACAUGGGGGAGGGAAGCCAUCCCUCGGGGGCUUGUGGGGUCCUGGUGCCAUGCAGGGCUUGCUGCUCAGCAGGGCCUGGCUGCUGGCCACCGGCCACCUGGUGGGUGCCACGGGCAGCUGCUGGCACCGGUGCUGUUCGGGCAGGAACAACACCUGCUGGGCCCUGGGCACCCACCGGCCUCACUGCUACUGCCACUCGUACUGUGAGAGCAUGGGCGACUGCUGUGAGGGCUACCGUGCCACCGGUGAGUGCUCUCCUUCCCCCUUCCCCAUCCCACCCGCUCCCCUGGCAGUGGUGAGCUGCGUGGUAGGGCCCUGGGGGCCGUGGAGUGGGUGCAGCUCCCCGUGCAGGGUCAGCAGCAAGGCCUGCAGCUGCCAGGUCACCGUCCUGCCCCAGCACGAUGGCGAGCCUUGUCCCAACCUCAAGCAGUGCUGCAGGUGCCUGGGGGAGCACCUGACCUGUGCGACAGCCAAAGGGGUGGCCAAGAUAUUACCCGUCUCCUUCAACCAGGACUUCAGGGAUCCCUGGGGGAGAGCUGAGCUGCUGCUGCCAGAGGAACUGUCCAGGUGGGGCCCCCCUGCCACGGGCAGGCCUGGAGCUGCUGCCUGCACUGGGACAAGUGGGGGGGUGUUGAGUGUCAGGGGAUGUGCCGCACCGCAGCCCCUGCUGCACCAGAUGUGGGCUGCAAGGAGCCAGGUAGGUGCAGUGUGGGGCCGGGGAGCCCCUUCGGAGGUGCUGUCGUGGUUUAAGCCAGCUGGCAGCAAAAGACCACACAGCUGCUCACUCACCUUCCCCUGCCCAGGGGAUGGGAUACAGCAUUGGAAGGUGAAGGGACAGAUGUUUUGGGUCGCCACCUCUGUGGCAGGGUGCCAGGGCUCAUGGGUGCAGGAAGGGCUGCAGGAUGGUUGUGUCUGCUCCCCGCAGGCUCUCAUUUUCAUGUAGCAUCUCCCCAGGAAGACGAGCUGAGCUUCCCCAUGCCACUGCUUGUUGCUGAGGAGGCAGGAAAAAUGUGGUGUCUUUUAUAAUUUCACCUUUCUGCAGGCUUGCUGCUUGCCCUUGGUGCUGACUCCCUGUUUUUUUCCAUUAAGUACUGUGUUGAAGAAUGGGAAGAAACCCCUGCUUAUAAAAAGUAAGGGAAUUGCCAAAGUAUGGUGAUUAAUGGUGGAAGAACAUCAUGCUGUGGUUAAAUCUGGGUGAGAUGACGUGGCAGUGACAUGGGAGGACAAUGCAAUGAUGUCACGCUCAGCCAUGACAUCACACCAUGCAAUGAGCUGCCAUCGGCGAGCAAAGCGAGGAUGGAGCUAGCAUUCUUCCUCUGUGUGUUCAGGCUGGCCCGACUGCAGGGAACUGUUGGAUGAACCACGAAGAGUGGCUCAGCUGCAUGCUGUGGUUUACAGAGAGAAAUUAAACAUAGGCACCCAAAGUCUGCACGUGGGCCAUGAUGCUGGUUUGUGUCCAGGUCCAGCCGCAGGGCUCAGCAUCCCCCACUGGAAGGAGCGGGGCCAGACUGGGUGAUGCUGGGCUGUGCUGGUGCCCUUCCCCACUCCUCGCCCGGUGUGACAUGACCUUGCUGGUGGGGGUCCCUGGUCCAGCCUUGGCCGGUGGUACCCACAGCUGAGACACUAUGCUGGCAGCCUUGGCACCUGCCUGCACUCCCAAACCACCCCCUGGGUGACUUCACCCCCACCCCGCUCAGGCACAGCACUGGGCACUCGACCUGCAGAGAUCACCUUUAUUCAGAUAUGGUCACCUGCAGCGACCAGCAGUGCCCAAGCCCCACACUGCCACUGCCAAGACGCUCGGGGAGCUCCAAGCCAUUAAAUGUCCCCCGGGAAAUGGGUGACAGUGGAGGCGGCCAUGCCCACACUGUGAGCACCCCGCCACUGCUGCCCAUCCAAACCCGCCUCGGCGGGACGAGGCUCCUGUGGCGGUGGGACGACAUGCCACACCAGGGCUGGCUCCCGCUGGGCUGGCCGAGGGCACGCAGGCAGGCAGCAGGCAGGAGGGAGCCCAAGAUAGGCAUGGCCCCGGGCCUGGAGAUGGGAAGGAGAGGGCAGCUCACGGCGCAGCUGUCCUGGCCUCACCCCACGGGAUCCCGGCGGCAGCCAGUGCCCACCCCCGGAGGAGCGGGCUGUCCCCAUCCCCACAGUGGGGACCGUGGCCCUGGGCCGCCCCAGCGCCUGCAGAGGACUGUCAGGUGCCCAGUUCCCUGCGGAGUUUGAUGAUUUCCAGGAAGAGCUUCUCCUUUUCCAGCAGGAUCUUCUCCUUUUGCAGCUGCAAGGUCUCCUUCUGCAACUCCAGGAUCUCUGUCUGCAGCCGGUUCUGCUUCUCCCACCGCUCCCCAGCUGUGCCAACACAGCCCCCCAGGCCGGGCUGGGACCCCUCCGGUGCUGAUGGGUGGCCUGAGCGGAGCAGAGAAACCUGUUAGAGCCGGC